AUGGAAUGCAUCUGUGUGUGGUUCUACACGGUUCGCCCUGUCCGGAAUGACAUCAGCUACACUGACAUCGAGGCGAGACCCGAAGAUUGUCGUCCGUUUUCGAAGAAAGUGCGAAAAGCACAGGAAAAGCUGCAGGCAGACCCGAUCCGCCUAUUCGACUGGCUGAGCGCACACAAUAACGUCGACAUCUCGCACGUGUUCCCCCAGCUGAUCCCUGCCGGGGAGCUGGAGGGGGUUUAUGCUCAGUUUUUGGCGGAGUGGCCAAAGCUGAACAGGGAGCAGAAGAAGUUCAGGGCCCGCCAGAUCGUGCAAAUCCAUCGGGAUCGAGAGGAGGCUCGAGAAAUUGAAACUGACGUCAGCCUUGAAGAACUUGCUGAAGAGACGACGACCACUUUGUCAACACCAACGACUUCAACCUGGUCAACGACAACUUCUACAACGACGCCUCCAGCAGAACCAACAUCGACACAACGGCAUCGAAAGAAGGACAAAACGACGACAGCCCCGAAGGAGACGACUACAGCCAUGGAACCAGCCACCUUCGUCCAUUCCGACUUCGUGCCCCUGGUUACCGUCCCAGCUGGCAGGACCGUCAAAUUGAGCUGCAAGGCGACGGGAACGAACUUGGGGUACGUUUGGCACAAAAACGGAGCGGUCGUAGUCCAAGGAAGUCCUAGAGCCACUGGAUACAUCUACGGCUUGCGGGGUCACGCUUUAGAACUGGAGGAUACAGUACCUUCUGAUUCUGGGAUGUACAAGUGUAUUGUUCAAAACCCACUUGGCUCUAUCGAAAGGACGUACAUUCUAAAAGUUGUUGAACGACUACGCUCUGCUCCUUUGAUCCUACCAAAUGUGCUUCGGAAUCAGACUGUUAAUGUCAAUGGAACGGCGACCUUCACCUGCGAAGUUAUCUCGGACCUGACUCCCCACAUCGUCUGGGUCCGAAUUAACCGUACCGAUGGAGAAUAUUACUUUCAAAUACCCACCAACGGCUCUAAUAAUCAGCAGCACCACAAAAAUGAGACUGUGUUUGCGUAUACCAGGAUGGAGAAUCAUCCGAAAGCUACAAUCUACAACACUGCCAACGCCUCUACGCUCCGUCUCGUCAACGUUACUGUAGAAGAACAAGGGAUUUACGCAUGUAUUACAGGAAAUUCUUUGGGAAAGGUGAUGGCCAACGCUACUCUUACUGUUAAUGAGUUUCGUACCCUGACGCUACCCACUGGAAAAGCCCAACCCCAAGGAAUCCCGUUGAGCUACUUGAUCCUGACGCUCAUCUUCUUGUUCCUGCUAUUUUUGCUGUUUUUGGUCAUCUUAUCUUACUAUCUUUGCAUCCGGGCCAGCAAGAAGAAAAUGGACGAGGCCGCUAGGUUGUUGCCGAGGAGGAAGAAGGUCGUCGUCCGUCAAAAGGAUCACGAUGGAACUCGGGCCGGCUGGGCAGAUUUGCCAUCGACCUACCAAAUCCAAAUCAUCGAACAAUCUCCACAUGGAGCAAGACAAUCCCAUAUUUCUUCCGAUAUGACGAUCAACUGCGAGUAUGAGAUUGAGGAGGAUCCGGCAUGGGAGUUCGAGCGAUCGAGAAUCGAACUCAUUGACGUGCUCGGCGAAGGUGCUUUCGGAGAAGUCUGGCGUGGUCACCUCAACAUUGAGCCUGAAGACUACCCGGAAAACGCGAUCAGCAGAGUCCCCUUCAAGCAGCCAAUCGCUGUCAAAAAGCUCAAGAAUACAGCCCAUGAGCGUGAGCUUCGAGAUCUGGUGCUCGAGAUGACCAUCUUGAAAACGUUGGAGGAAAUGGAACCCGCGCCUGGGAAGGAGAAUGUGUUGAGGAUUAUCGGGUGUUGCACCGGAGUUGGACCACUUUUGGUGGUGCUCGAGCUGUGUCAGCACGGGAAUUUGAGAGACUUCCUCCGCGCCCAUCGUCCUCGAGCGGAGCGUGCCAUUGAAUCGGUACCGAGCUCGCCUAUCAACAAAUCAAGUGGAACCCUCCAAGAUUACCUGGAACCUAGAAGAGCCCAAGAACGCGUCCUUAUCGACCCACUGACCCAACGUCACCUCGUCGAUUUUGCCUAUCAAGUAGCGAACGGAAUGCACUUCCUCAGCAGCAAGCAAAUCAUCCAUCGAGAUCUGGCUGCCAGAAACAUUUUGGUGGCCGAGAAUUUUGCCCUCAAAAUCUCGGAUUUCGGACUAUCGAGGAAUACGUCGAGUUCAAAGGAUUAUUAUAGGAAGAAGGGCAACGGACGUCUUCCCGUAAAGUGGAUGGCCCCGGAAGCCCUCGAUGCCCAUAUCUACACAACCGAAAGUGAUGUAUGGUCCUACGGCAUCCUGCUCUGGGAAAUCAUGACCCUUGGCGGGACCCCAUAUCCAACCAUUCAAAUGCAUCAACUCUACAACUAUCUAAAAGAUGGCUACCGUAUGGAGGCGCCUCACAAUUGUCCGCAGGAGAUUUACCAGAUUAUGAUUGGGUGCUGGCAGGAAGCAAGAGAAAAGCGCCCCUCCUUCGCCAUGAUGCGCGACUACUUGCAGUGGAUGUUGGCAGAAACGGAAGGAGAGGAAGCUAAUGAUGACCUAGAAAGCAGGCCAUCGGACUCUUCACACAACGAUUUGGACCAUUUUGCGCCUCCUCCACCAAAAAGUAGUGAAGCCGGGUCGUUGCAGAGGAAGAAGGCCAGACCGCUCUCGGCUCCGGUGAUGUUGCCGAUGGAGAAAUUGGCGCGAACGCCCCGCGUCACGCAACGCGCAUCCCAGACCUAUCGUGGAGUCCCCCACCCCGGCCAGGACCACGAUUACAUGAACGUGGCCCGGGCACCGAGUCCAAGUCGUGAGGCUCAGGGCAGCUACCGCAACCCCACGAAUUAUACGGAUUACCAAGCUAAUGGCCAGCGGAACCGCAUCCCCCAUCCCGCCCACCCCACCACCAGCACAAAGCUGGCGGCCGAGGAGGCCCGGCGGCACUCAAUGGACUCGAGGGCCUCGUCCGGUCGUGGCGGUUCGUCGGGCGUCUCGUCAUCAGAAGGAAUCGGUGGCCUAUCAGAUUUGGUGCAAAUCGAGAUCCUCCCCUCGUCCUCCUCUUCAUUCCCUACAGCUAGAGUUACACGCCCUGUCUCUUCCACCGCUGUUCCUACCGUAUCCACCGCUACAGUACCCCCAACCUUACAGCCCCCACAAAAUAGUGCUCAGCGCCACCCGACCGAACGAGCCCCCCGAGUCACCCGUACCUCUAGUCCAAUCGCGAAAAAUGACGUGCAUUUUGGA